AUGAGUGAUGAAUUAACACUUUAGAAAGUUAAGGAAAAUAUAUUCUGGGCUGAUUACUAUAAAGAAUCGUAUAAAUUCAAGGAUUUUAACAUACGUAAACACGGUGUUACCAUAAAUAAUGAUUUUUUGAGUGUUCUGGCAAAUAAUUAAUAUUUGACUGCUCAACACUUUGUUUUUUUUUAAGAGAUGUUUUCAUAUUAUUUUGGAGAAUUUCUAGUAUAUCAUUUUAUUUACUUAUUAGGUACUUUCUUUAGACUGUCAUGUAUUCACUGAGUUCAUUCCAGAUGUUUCUAAUUAAAUACUUUCUAAUAUGAUGGUCACUCAAUAUUAAUAGAAUUAUACUCCAAAUUAAUUCUAAAUGUUUGAAUCCUAGUAUGAAUAGGAACAACUACCAACAUAAUAGACCCAAAGUGAAAAUAAUUCCAUUUUCUAAAAGACUUUAAACUUUAUCAAAUUCUUAAACCCAUUACGAUUUUUUAGAAAAUCCUAACCUCAAGAAGACCUCAAUUUACAAGAUAGUUUUUCUAAUCAAUUUAACUUUAGUUAUUAGAAUGAAUUUUCCUAAUAAAAAGAAUUAUUGUAAAAGUACAAUUUCUAAGUGAAGAGUAUUUCCUAUGAGAAAAAAGAUCAGUAAGAACCUACUUAAGGGAUUGCAAAAGGAGAGUUGAAAAUAAAUAAUGUAAUCAUACUAGAAAAUGAAAAAGGAAAAUAUUAGUUUAACAAAUUAAACAUUCAAAUUAAAAAUUUAAUAGAAAAAUACAAAUUCUCUACUUUAGUGAAAAAAAACAUUUUUAGUUUAUUUAAAUAUACAUACAUUCCUAUUAAUUUAUAAAAUAACCAUUGGCUUUGUGCUAUUGUGGAUUUUAAUGAAAAUUAAAUCUAAUAUUUGGAUUCUAACUAUUCAGUAUAAAAUAAUAUAGUUGAAGGUCUGGAAAAAAUGUUAAAUUAUUACGGUGAAUAGACCAAAUGGUAAAUCAUAGAAGGUAGUCCAAAGCAAGAAAAUAGGUAUAAAAUUUAUUCAUUUAUCCAAGUUUUGACUGUGGGAUAUUCUGCUUAAUGGCCUUGUAUUAAUUUUAUAAAAAGGGUAAGCUUAUCUCACCUAAUUCAUAUAAUCAAUAAGAUAUUAAUAGUUUUAGAAAAUAAUUACUCCAUUUAGCAGUAAUAGAGAGUCAAUUUGAUAUUAAUUAAAAAUUACUUAAUAUUAUUUUAGAUUUUAAACAUCCAAAUUGA